AAAUGUAGGUUGUUCAGGUUCAUCGGAAGAGCAAAACGGUCGCCAUGUCGUUCUUUGGGAAGCAGUUCAAGAAAAUUAAGGCUGAGAAUGCUUUGGAGGUCAUUGGAAAACUAAACCUCUCCGCGCAAACUCUGGCACUCCUGCGCAGCCAAGACACCGUUACCUCCUUCACUAAAAACGCCGACGGUACCCUCCAGUAUGUUGUCAAAGACAGCACCGGCAAGGUUCUCGUCGACCAGAAGAUCGUCCUUUCAACCCUCACCGACUAUAAAAGCCCUGAUGGCAUGGAGACGAAACUCAAGUUUGAGCUGGCCGGCGAUGUAUUGAAGUCGGAGAUGCACUUGCCUGAUGGGAAAGUCGUCCAUAUGGAUAGAUAUUUUGAAGCUAGCAGCUUGAAAAUGGAAUUGUACGUCCAAGGUGUCGCAGAAAAAGCCACAGUUUAUUACGAAGCCCUAUGAAUAAUUUUCACAUUGUUAUUGUACUUUAAUUUAUUAAAUGUUAUUGUUUU